GGAAUUGCCAAGCCACAAAUUUGAGUGAAAACUGGCAAAGUGUUUGGCUGUGUUAUCAGCAGGAGACGCUCAAUCACCCCUGGUAUUUGCUGCGUGCAUGAACACAGUGUUUGCUUUCCAAAACACAGCAGACCCCCAAAUGUUUUUCUCAGCCUCACUCGCUUCCACGUCAUCGUCCGUCGUUUUUUUUCGCCCCCCUCCAGCACUCACUCCAUCUCUAAAACUGCUGCAAGUCCUCCUCUAAACUAUUCGAAACCCUGCUGACAGUCGCAGCCGCUCUCUGCAGCCCUGAGCAGCAGUGUUUUCAGACAUGAGGCUGGGACUCGCCACUCUCUUGUGUUUCUUCAGCUUUGUGUGGCUGUCGGAGUGCGCACCUCCGACCUGCUACUCCAGAGCGCUCGGCCUCAGCAAAGAAGUCAUGGCUUUGCUGGAUAAAAUACACACGUAUCAUCGCACGAAAACGUGUGCGGAGGUUCUACCCACGAUCUUCCUUGAUGUCCAUAACGCAUGUGUCACAGCUAAGCUCCGAGACUUUCUCUACGUGGUGCUGAACCAUCCAAACCAGUACUGCAGAGAGCGUCCCAGAAUGGUGCUGCUGAAACGAAAAAUCCAGAACUUGUACACAAUCAUCACCAGAAUGUGUUAUCGGGACCUGGUAUUUUUCACAGAUGACUGUGAGGCAAUCGACACUGGACACAUUCGCCCUCACUUUGAUGAGGACAGGCUCCAGCUACUGCAAGAGGAGAGAUGAGCGACACAAAUAGCAGACAACAGUUGUAUUCAGGAAAAGCACAUCAGCAAUAUGUAGGUUGUUAAUGCACACACAUCACAGCCGGCACUGUACUAGAUGCAUCAUAAGCAAUACACACAUAGUGCUGUUUCAUGUCGUACCUAGUCGUCUCUGUGUGAGCUGCAGACUCAUGUUAGUGGACAUUUGUGGCUGCAUUCCAGCAAGGAGUGCAGAACUUUCCACAGGAAAUUUGCUGAAUGCCAACCAUGCCGAUGAAAACCUUGAAAUAAUAAACCAAUAAGAGAUGCUUGUGAGCCAGGCUUAACCGCUGCUUACUUACCAGAGCUGAUCAAAGGUUCAUGUGUCAUUAAGAGAAAUAUGCUGUGUUGCUAUAACCCUUGGUCUGACUAACAUGUCUUAAAGGAGCACUGUACAGCAGUUUGUAAACAUUUGAGGAGUUGAACAUGCUGGUUCAAAAUGUUAUGUAAGAAAUAGAUGUCCUAAGCAUUUCUUUCUCGCACUAGGUUGUAUAGUUCCUUCAGAAUUCCCUCAAUUUGAGGUUUUUACGGUGAUUUUUGAUUUAUACCAAAAAAGUGGCUGCAGAUUGUACUGGACCUGAACAAAGUAAACAUUUCCUGGGCCAUAAGCAGAAUGGAUAUAAAAUAAUAGAGCUCUCAUUGUCAUAGACAUAAACUUGUUUUUAUGUACACUUCAUUACAAUCUAUUCACAGUAUGUCUCAAUUUAUAUAUUAAAACUCCUCAUUAGGUAUCAGCUUUUAUGAACUUGUUUUAUUUUUUUUGUAGUUAUUUCCAAAAUGCCUGCCAGUUGAUUCUGGGAAACACUGAGACAAAACUGGCUCAAGUCCCGACCAUGAAUCAGCAUGAUGUCCUUUUCUACUUUUUUUUUUCUCUUGAGGAAGUUCUUUUCGCUCUGACCGACAUUCUGGUUUCCACUCAGUGUGUAGCAAUUGCUGAUGGAGUUUAUUUUAAUAGAGACAUUAUGCUUUGUUUUGUAUUUCAAGUAAUUGUUGUUAAGCUCAAAGUAUAAACGCGUUUUCUCUUUGCAAAGUCAAAUAAACUGGUUGUUGUGUUUUUUUAAAA